CAUCUCAUUAUUGGUUCCACAGCCCCCUGAACAACGAAAGCGUUCAGCUCAUCCGAAUUCGCAAAUAACGUCCUCCAGUUCGUUUUCCUUCGUAGUUGCAGACUGCAUACACUACUACAUAAGAGAGUUCUCCUUCCAAGAAAUCGGACAAAAUACACCACCGCUCGCUGGAUAGCUUCUGAGAUGCUUGAUCGCCGUCCAUGGCGGUGACCGAUUUCUUUGCAGGGGAAAUCGCUACAGAGCUAAUAAAACAACUCAUAGCAAUAUGCAAGCGGUCUACUCUUUGCAAAACCAAUGCAGAGCAGCUGAUGACAUACGUAGAGGAAUUGCUGCCCGUAAUUCAGGAGAUCAAGUACUCCGGCAUCGAAUUGCCCCAGGUGCGGCAAUCACAACUCGACCGCAUCUCCGAAAUUCUUAAUGAGGGGUCGGAACUCUGUAGGAAGGUAUUGGCUUCCAGUCGAUGGCACGUCUACAAGAACUUGCAGCUGGCUAGGAAAAUGGAGAAGUUCCAGAAGAAGGUGGAGAACUUCAUUAAGGGUCCUAUGCAGGCACAUAUAUUAGCCGAUGUCCACCAUUUGAGGUUCGAGUCGGCUGAGAGGUUCGAUCGCCUUGAAGGUCGGCUCGCCGCCAUAAAGAUAGGGGUGAGCGACGACCGGUGGUUGGAGGAAGCUGUGAAGAGGGUCGAAGAGGAUGAGAUGGAUGUGGAUGGUUCGGUGAAUUUUGGAGCUGCGAUGGUUUUGGGGAAGAAAAAGGUGAAGGAUAUGAUUAUCGGAAGGGAUGAUUUGAGGGUUGUUGAGAUUUGGGGGAUGGGAGGGAGUGGUAAGACGACUUUGGCGAGAGAGAUUUGCAAUGAUGAACAAGUUCGAAGUCACUUCAACAAUAUGAUAUUCUUAACAGUCUCGCAGUCCCCAAAUUUGGAGCAGUUGAAGCAGAAACUUUGGAAAGGUAUUACAGGAAACCACACGUUUGGUUCUGGUGUUCCCGACGUUCCGAUUCCACAAGUGAAAGCUCAAUAUAACUGGAUAGUUACUGGAAGAAGCCUCGUGGUUCUGGAUGAUGUUUGGUGUCCUCAUGUACUCGAACAGCUAGUACAUCUAGUUUCUAGAAUUCCUGGAUGCAAAAUCCUUGUGGUUUCAAGGUUCAAAUUUACAUCAGGGAUUGAUAGGAUUUAUGAACUUGAACUGCUUAAAGAAGAUGAAGCCAUGUCCCUGUUCUGUUAUUCUGCUUUUGGACAAAAGGGCAUCCCAUUUGCUGUUAAUGAGAAAUUGGUAGAGCAGAUUGUGAAGGAGUGUAAAGGGCUUCCAUUGGCUCUAAAAGUGAUUGGGGCUUCACUAAGGGAUCAACCGGAAAUGUAUUGGAAAAGUGUGAAGAACAGGCUAUCUCGAAGUGAAUCCAUCUGUGAAUCUUAUGAGAUGAAAUUACUUGAACGAAUGGCAAUUAGCAUAGAGUACCUUCCAGGAAAGGUUAGGGAGUGCUUCCUAGACUUGGGUUGCUUUCCUGAGGACAAAAAAAUUCCUCUUGACAUUCUUAUUAAUAUUUGGGUCGAGAUACAUGACCUUGAUGAGGAAGAAGCAUUUGCCAUACUUACUGAGCUUUCAAAUAAAAAUCUCCUGACUCUGGUGAAAGAUGCAAGGACUGGAGACAUUAGUAGUUCCUGUGAGAUAUCUAUUACUCAGCAUGAUGUGUUGAGAGACUUGGCACUUCACUUGAGCAAAAAGGGGGUGCUUGAGAGCUUAAACAAAAGGAAGCGACUGAUUAUGCCAAGGAGAGAAGACAGGCUUCCAAAGGAAUGGAGAAGGGGUGUGGAUCAGCCGUUUGAUGCCCAGAUUGUCUCAAUCCAUACAGGUGAAAUGAAAGAGCUGGACUGGUUCCAUAUGGACUUCCCAAAGGCUGAGGUUCUCAUUCUGAACUUCUCUGCGAAGGAGUAUUUCUUGCCUCCCUUUAUUGAGAGGAUGCCAGAGCUCCGAGCUUUAGUGUUAAUAAACUAUGAUACUGUAAAUGCUGUCCUUCAUAAUUCAUCCAUAUUAUCCUCUCUGGAAAAUUUACAAAGCCUCUGGUUAGAAAAGGUUACUGUCCCUCAACUAAACAAAAUAGCCUACCCUCUGCGUAACUUGCACAAAAUCUCCCUGGUCCUCUGCAAGGUUAAUGAAGGUCUUGAUGGGGUAGAUCUUCCUUCAGUAUUCCCUCGGCUCUCUGAGCUCACCAUGGACCAUUGUAUCGAUCUAAUUGAAUUGCCAUCAAGCCUAUGUAAUGUCUAUUCACUCAAGAGUCUGAGUAUCACCAAUUGCCACAGCCUGCAAGAGCUUCCACUUGGGCUGGGAGGGCUGAAAUCUCUGCGGGUUUUGAGGAUAUAUGCUUGUCCAAGCUUAAUGAAGCUUCCUCCAGGGAUAUGUGAGCUGGAAAGGUUGAGUUAUCUUGACAUCUCUCAGUGUGUAAACCUGGGGAGCCUCCCUGAAAGGAUUGGUAGGUUAAUUAGGUUGGAGAAGAUUGACAUGUGGGAGUGCGCGCAGAUCAUAAAUCUACCCGGGUCUAUUGGGUCACUGCGGUCUCUACGACGUGUCAUCUGUGAUGAAGAGAUUGCUUGGUUGUGGAAAGGUGUCAAAACAUUACCAGAUCUUCGGGUUCAGGUGGCACAAGAAUGCUUUACUCUGGACUGGCUUGCAGAGUAGGGAAAGAGAUUACGUCCAUUGCCACCUUGUGGUGGUCUUCAUUGUACAUAAUUUUUUUCAAAUAAUGUAAAAAUUGAAACAAAAAGGAUUCCCAAUAUUCUGAUGCCUUA